AUGAAGUCCACAUUUGUGCUUCUUCUGAUGUUAGUCCUGGCUCCAAAUCUAUACUCAGCAGCACCCUCUCCCACCAUUUCCCCUACCAACUAUGCUAUGUGCCCAGUGGACAUGAAUUAUGUGCUAACAGUCCCUUGGAACUCCUCUAGUUGCCUUAACUUCCAACCCUUGCCAACCCAAAACCAAACACACAACACUCUUUGUUGCCAAGCACUGUUAUCUCUCUUUGGCAUAGCACUUGCAGAAAAUCUCAAGAAAAACUCUCUUUUCCAACUUCCUAACAUCACUACCUCUACAUCUUGCCUUCAAGAUUUCCAAUCCAAACUCACUUCCCUUUCACUUCCCAAUAACAUUGUGUCCUCUUGCUUUGAUCCUCUUCAAUUUGUCAUCACUCCCAAUAUCUGUGCUCAUAUUCAAUAUAAGCAAGAUUGGCAAAGUAGGCUUGGUCCUACACCGCUGUUAAACACUGCAUGUAAACCAGACCUUAGUGAUCUUACCAAUUGUGCUGCAUGUGUGGAUGAAGGACUCAAGGUUGUACAGAUGCUGAAUUCCAUUGAUGGUAAUACUUCACAUUCCAAAGGCUGCUUCUAUUUCACAAUAAUUUAUGUUGCUGGAAUUGUGAAUCAGCUUGGACCUGAAAGCAGAGGUGCUAUGUCUUGCAUUUUUGAAUUGCCUAUUAAUUCCCAAGUGGGUUCAAGAAGAAAGAGCCAUCAUGCUCUUGUAUACGGGUUAAUUGCAGCUUUUGUUGCAUUCCUAGGUAUCACGUUUUCUUUGUUAGGAUUUUAUUUUUGGUACACCAGGUGGGUGAAAAGAAAAAAUAUUGAAAAUUUGCCAGCCUAUGCUGAACCAAUGGAACAAACUUCAGGCCCAAGAUUGAGACCAAACACAUCAAUUUGGUUCAAGUUUGAGGACCUUGAGAAGGCUACCAACAAUUUUUCACCCCAGAACAUCAUUGGUAAAGGUGGGUUUGGGAUAGUUUACAAGGGUAUUCUAUCUGAUGGCACCAUGGUUGCAGUUAAAAAAAUUGAAGAAUCUGAUUUUCAAGGAGAUGCUGAGUUCUAUAGCGAGGUGGAGAUUAUAAGCAACUUGAAGCACCGCAAUCUAGUGCCAUUACGAGGGUGUUGUGUGGUUGAUGAGGAGGAUGAAAAUCCUGAUUACAGAAAAAGGUACCUUGUUCAUGAUUAUAUGCCAAAUGGUAGCCUUGAAGAUCAUCUCUUUCCAAAAUCGCUAACUUGGUCUCAAAGAAGAAGCAUAAUCUUGGAUGUGGCAAAUGCGUUGGUUUAUUUGCACUUUGGAGUUAAACCUGCAAUUUAUCACAGAGAUAUCAAAGCCACCAAUAUACUGCUUGAUGCAGAUAUGAGGGCAAAAGUUGCAGAUUUUGGGCUAGCAAAACAAAGCAGUGAAAGUAGGUCUCAGGUAAACACUAGAGUGGCUGGAACUCGUGGAUAUGUAGCCCCAGAAUAUGCACUUUAUGGUCAUCUAACUGAGAAGUGUGAUGUGUAUAGCUUUGGUGUGGUUGUUUUGGAGAUAAUGUGUGGAAGAAAAGCUCUUGAGUUGUCUUCAUCAGGAAUACCAACUUUCUUAAUCACAGAUUGGGUUUGGUCAUUAAUGAAAUCUGGAAACUUAGAAAAGGCUUUGGAUUCUUCUAUCAUAACAGAUGGAAAUUCUGCUAGAAACAUAUUGGGAAGAUAUUUGGGUGUUGGAAUUCUUUGUUCUCAUGUAAUGGUUGAUUCUAGGCCAACAAUUUUGGAUGCUUUGAAGAUGUUAGAAGGGGACAUUGAGGUUCCACCAAUUCCUGAUAGCCCAAUGACUUUUGGGCACCAAAUGUUUUCCAAUGCUGAUUCAAUGGAAAAGAAUAUUGAAAAUCAAGAUGUAAAGUAUAUAUGA